AUGCCAUCACAGGAUGCCGUCAUCCCCACCUCCUUUUCCAAGAUGCGGAGCUGGGAGCUGGCCUGUAAGAGUAAGAGUGCACAGGACGUGGGCCCAGGGAGUCCCAGGGACCUGCCUAAAGUCACAGAUGGACAAGGAGGGCUGGACCCCAGGCCGAGCUACCAGGCUCAGCCCCGAGAAGAGCUCUUCCGGAGCCCCUGGGGAGCAGUGUUCACCUCAGGCAUUUCUGCGAUGGCCUCUGGCCAAACGCCCCCACGAAAGCCUCUGGAGAAGUGUCAACAGGUGUGGCCGGCCACGGUGUCUGGGGUGGGGGAAGCUGCCAUGCAGGAGGCCCCGAGUUCCUGUCCUGGCAGCCCCAUGGACGCAGGACAUGGGUGGGAGCCUGGCCUGUGCCGGGGUGAAGUGGACUUUGGAGGGUCUGGGAAGAAACGAGGCAAGUUUGUGAAGGUGCCAAGCAGUGCGGCCCCCUCUGUCCUCUUUGACCUGCUGCUCACCGAGUGGCACCUUCCGGCCCCCAACCUGGUGGUGUCGCUGGUGGGUGAGGAGCGUCCUUUCGCCAUGAAGUCCUGGCUGCGGGAUGUCCUGCGCAAGGGGCUGGUCAAGGCAGCUCAGAGCACAGGGGCAUGGAUCCUGACCAGUGCACUUCGCGUGGGCCUGGCCAGGCACGUCGGUCAGGCUGUGCGCGACCACUCGCUGGCCAGUACGUCCACCAAGGUCCGUGUGGUCGCCAUCGGCAUUGCCUCACUGGGCUGCGUCCUGCAUCGUCAGCUCCUGGAUGGUGCUCAGAGGGAGGCCCUAGGUUCCAGCAGCCCAGCCUUCCCUGCACCUGGACAAAAGCCUUGUCUGGGACCUCCAGGGUGUGGUGCAGGGCAUGGUGGGGAGGCUCCACACUGGGGACCCAGUCCAAGCCGCCUCCUGGGGGCUCGACGUUGUCUCCCUUCUCGGGCACAGGAGGAUACUCCUGUCUACUACCCCAUGGACGACGGUGGCAACCAGGGCCCCCUCUGCUCCUUGGACAACAAUCUCUCUCACUUCAUCCUGGUGGAGCCAGGUCCCUCCGGGAAGGGGGACGGGCUGACUGAGCUGCGGCUGAGACUGGAGAAGCACAUCUCAGAGCAGAGGACCGGCUAUGGGGGCACCAGCAGCAUCGAGAUCCCUGUUCUUUGUCUGCUAGUCAAUGGUGACCCCAGCACCCUGGAGAGGGUCUCCAGGGCUGUGGAUCAUGCUGCCCCGUGGCUGAUCCUGGCAGGCUCAGGGGGCAUCGCCGACGUGCUUGCUGCCCUGGUGAACCAGCCCCACCUCCUGGUGCCCCAGGUGGCCGAGAAGCAGUUUAAAGACAAGUUCCCCAACGAGCAUUUCUCCCGGGAGGACAUCGUGCACUGGACCACACUGCUGCAGAACAUCGCUGCACACGAGCACCUGCUCACCGUGUACGACUUCGAGCAGGAGGGCUCUGACGAGCUGGACACUGUCAUCCUCAAGGCGCUGGUGAAAGCCUGUAAGAGUCACAGCCAAGACGCACAGGACUACCUGGACGAGCUCAAGCUGGCUGUGGCCUGGGACCGUGUAGACAUCGCCAAGAGCGAGAUCUUCAAUGGGGAUGUGGAGUGGAAGUCCUGUGAUCUGGAGGAGGUGAUGAUGGACGCCCUAGUGAGCAACAAGCCCGAGUUCGUGCGACUCUUUGUGGACAAUGGCGCCGACAUGGCCGACUUCCUGACCUACGGACGGCUGCAGCAGCUCUAUCGCUCCGUGUCCCCCAAGAGCCUGCUCUUCGACCUGCUGCAGCGCAAGCACGAGGAGGGCCGGCUGACCCUGGCUAGCCUGGGUGCCCAGCAGGCCCGUGAGCCACCCUCCGGGCCACCUGCUUUCUCCCUGCACGAGGUCUCCCGUGUGCUCAAGGACUUCCUGCAGGACGCCUGCCGCGGCCUCUACCAGGAUAGCAGGGUGGCUGGCCGCAGGAAGGAGAGGGGGCCGGCCAAGCGGCCCACGGGCCAGAAGUGGCUGCUGGACCUCAGUCAGAAAAGCGAGAACCCCUGGAGGGACCUGUUCCUGUGGGCCGUGCUGCAGAACCGUCACGAGAUGGCCACCUACUUCUGGGCCAUGGUGAGGGCAGGGGCGCCAGCCGCUCUAGCCGCCUGCAAAAUCCUCAAAGAGAUGUCCCACCUGGAGACAGAGGCCGAGGUGGCCCGCACCAUGCGGGAGGCCAAGUAUGAGCAGCUGGCCCUGGACCUCUUUUCCGAGUGCUACAGCAACAGUGAGGACCGAGCCUUUGCCCUGCUGGUGCGUCGCAACCGCUGCUGGAGCAGGGUCACCUGUCUGCACCUGGCCACGGAGGCUGACACCAAGGCCUUCUUUGCACAUGAUGGUGUGCAGGCCUUCCUGACCAAGAUCUGGUGGGGGGACAUGGCCACAGGCACACCUAUCCUGCGGCUGCUGGGGGCUUUCAUCUGCCCUGCCCUCAUCUAUACCAACCUCAUCACCUUCAGUGAGGAGGCCCCACUGCGGACAGGCCCAGAGGACCUGCAGGAGCUGGACAGCCUGGACACGGGGAAGAGCCUGCUGUACUGCUCAGGAAGCCAGGUGGAGGAGCCAGCAGAGGCUCCGAGGGCUCAGGGCGACCAAGGCCCACGUGCUGCUUUCCUGCUCACGCGCUGGCGGAAGUUCUGGGGUGCACCCGUGACCGUGUUCCUGGGGAACGUGGUCAUGUACUUCGCCUUCCUUUUCCUGUUCACCUAUGUGUUGUUGGUGGACUUCAGGCCACCUCCCCAGGGGCCAUCAGGGCCUGAGGUCACCCUCUACUUCUGGGUCUUUACACUGGUGCUGGAGGAAAUCCGGCAGGGUUUCUUCACAGACGAAGACACACACCUGAUGAAAAAGUUCACGCUAUACGUGGAGGACAACUGGAACAAAUGUGACAUGGUGGCCAUCUUCCUGUUCAUUGUUGGUGUCACUUGCAGGAUGCUGCCCUCGAUGUUCGAGGCUGGCCGCCCCGUCCUGGCCAUGGACUUCAUGGUGUUCACGCUCCGGCUCAUCCACAUCUUUGCCAUCCACAAGCAGCUAGGCCCCAAGAUCAUCAUCGUGGAGCGAAUGAUGAAAGACGUCUUCUUCUUCCUCUUCUUCCUGAGUGUGUGGCUUGUGGCCUACGGUGUGACCACCCAGGCGCUGCUGCACCCCCAUGACGGCCGCCUGGAGUGGAUCUUCCGCCGGGUGCUCUACCGGCCCUACCUGCAGAUCUUUGGGCAGAUCCCGCUGGAUGAGAUUGAUGAAGCCCGUGUGAACUGCUCCGUCCACCCGCUGCUGCUGGAACACUCACCCUCCUGCCCCAACCUCUAUGCCAACUGGCUGGUCAUCCUCCUGCUGGUCACCUUCCUGCUGGUCACCAAUGUGCUGCUCAUGAACCUGCUCAUUGCCAUGUUCAGUUACACGUUCCAGCUGGUGCAGGGCAACGCCGACACUUUCUGGAAGUUCCAGCGCUACAAUCUGAUCGUGGAGUACCACGGGCGCCCCGCCCUCGCGCCCCCCUUCAUCCUCCUCAGCCACCUGAGCCUGGUGCUCAAGAGGGUCUUCAAGAAGGAGGCUGAGCACAAGCGGGAACGCCUGGAGAGAGACCUGCCAGACCCCCUGGACCAGAAGAUUGUCACCUGGGAGACGGUGCAGAAGGAGAACUUCCUGAGCAGCAUGGAGAAGAGGAGGAGGGACAGCGAGGGGGAGGUGCUGCGGAAAACUGCACACAGAGUGGACUUCGUUGCCAAAUACCUCGGAGGGCUUCGAGAACAAGAAAAACGGAUCAAGUGUCUGGAAUCCCAGGCAAGCGAGAACUGA